UCUCAACCUCACUUUCGGGUGCGUGUGGUCGGUCAUUCGGCUGUGCGGGCCCACCUGCGAAAGUUCAUGGUUUCUUUUGGCUCUUUUGAAUUUUCUCUUCGUUGCGAUUAUCGAUAAGAGCUCGGUAGCCCGCCAAGCUUCCCGCCAUUAUGUGUCGCGGACGUUGGAAUCCGCACCCCGUGUGCCAACCCGCGGGACCCCCCAUAUGCAGGCCCCUGACUGCUCUUAACUGCAGAGUUGAUUAAUGGCCCAGCUCGUUUCGUGCCCGACGUCGCCGUCGUCGUCCUCGUACAUCCCGGUCCACAGCCAGCCAGCCAGCAAGCCAUCGAGCUGGCAGCCCGCAGCCUUUGCCAACCCUAUCUCACUGGCUGUUGCACUGACGGCUCCGAUUGGCGCUGCGUGCCCCCCUGGACGGCCCGACUUGGCAACGCUCCGUUCGGCCUUUGUCAAGCGUCAGCGGUCGGCUGCUGCCCGACAGCGUCGUCCGCUCCCGCUGCACCUCCCACCGCCAACGAGGAUAGCAACAGAUAAACCCCGCCCGCGGGAGAAAAAAGGGUGAAGCCGCCGCCGAGGCGAGACCAAGAAAGAGAGAUAGCAGACACGACCGACAAGGUAGACAGAGCACGCCGCCGCCGCGGGAAGCCAGGCACGGCCACUUCGGGCCCGUCGCUCUCCCGCCUUCCCCGGUCUUGAUGCCCCUGCCCCAUCAGCGCUCCGUCGGCAGCCUGAAACGCGCACAGCAGGCACCGAGACUGUCCGUCGUCAAGCCGCCCAAUGCAGAUGCCCACGCCGACCCCGCCGGCCACGAGCCGGCAUCCCCCCCUCCCGCAUCGCGCCCGGUAGUCGUCUCCACGCUGCUCCAACCCCGCGUCGCCGUCGUCCUCGGUGUCCCGGCCCCCUGGCACCGCCCCCUGUUCGCCUGCCGCCUACUUUCGGUCGCCCCUGCCUUGUGGUUCGGCCUGCCGCCCGCUCUGCGCCUCAUCUUCCGCCUCUAUGCCGCCCUUCAUCUCGGCCUAUCCCCGGCCUGCGACGCCGUUGCUCCCGAACACCCACUGAACUACGGACUUACCGAGAACUUUCUGGCCAUCACCUGGUGCGGGGCUUCUUCGUACCUGUCGUUCUUCUUCACAGACUGCCUCAUGUCGCGAUGGCUUCUAAACUACACACCACAGGCCACAAUAGUGCGCCUCCUGGCCGUUAACGCGCUGAAUGGCUACUUGACGUCGUGGGUCCUCUACCUCGCCGGCGGCUCUGAGGACACCCGCCUGCUACUUCCCGCUUGGAUCGCCAUAGCCACCAUCUUGACCGCCAUUUACCACACGACCCAGCGCAAGAUCAACAUCCACAAGGAAACCUCAAUAUCAAUAAGCGUCUUCUCCAUCGCCAGCUUCACCAGCAUGCUGUGCCUGCUGGCACAACUCUACCUGGGCCGCGCCGCUGACUACCCAACCAUACCACUAAUUUCUCUUGCCAACCGGGCGUGGACUCUGGGUGUGCAGGUGUUGGACGUCCUGGAUGCCGAGAAUAGGGCAUGAUAUAUACGGCUGGCUAUGUACGAGGCUAGAGUAUGUCCUUAUCCACCAGGACACCAAAAUAAAAAAUCCAUUGUCGGCAUGCAAUUUCG